UUACGUAGGAGAGAUGGCGAGAGGGGGGGAGAGAGAGCUCGCUUUCCCUUUCUCUCUCAUGCGCUGCCAUGUCAGAGUGGUAACCCCGUCCCUAGGACCCCGGCGAAUCCGUAUCGUAUGCUCUCUUUCUCUCUCUAUAGAAACCCCAACCUUUUCUCUCUAUAUAUUUAUAAAUUUUUAUUUUUAGAUUUUUUGUUUUUCCGUUCGGUGUUUAAUUGUUGUUUUGUCAAUUCUCUCUCUAUUUAUUCGAGUUGCUCGUGUCUUCUCUCUCUUCGCUACUUUUUCUUUGCUUGGUAUACCCUAAUAUCGUCUUCUCUCCACUUAUCCAUCUGUCUAUAUUCACUACAUCUGCGUUACUCUUGAUAUUAUUCUACCUGGUUUUGAUUCUUUGAUCUACGAGAAAGAUUGUUUGAUUGAAAUUCGGUGGCUUUUGGACUGAUUUGGGAGUUGGGUUUCUUUGAGCGAGUUUGUUGAUGACGGUUAGUUUUGUUGAAAUGGGGUUUUGAGCUCAAUGAAUUGUACCUUGAGUCUUUGAAGUGGCUAAAAUUGCAAGGCGGAAGCUUCAUUGAUCCGGCAGUGACUUGACAUGCUUUCUGUUGUUCAUAGCUGCAAUGUAAGACCCUUUAAGAAAGGAUGAAGGAUACCAGUUCAUUAAAUAGUAAAAUGAUUAAUCGAAACUGGGUCUUGAAGCGCAAACGAAGAAAGUUUCUGUGUGGACCAUCCUUAGCCAAUGGUAAAGAAGAGAACUUAGUAGCAUCAGAAUCUCCAAGGAGUACUUCAGCUAAACGUAAGCUGAAAGGCGAUAUAAGCUCUGAUCAGUUUUCAUCUAAAAAGAAAGGAAAUGAUGGGUAUUACUAUGAAUGUGUGAUUUGUGAUCUUGGCGGCAACUUGUUGUGUUGUGAUAGUUGUCCCAGGACCUAUCAUCUUCAAUGCCUUGAUCCACCUCUUAAGCGCAUUCCAAUGGGAAAGUGGCAAUGUCCAAAGUGCUAUAAGAAGACUGAUCCAAUCAAGCCCAUUACCCAUCUGGAUUCAAUCUCCAAACGAGCAAGAUCAAAAAUUAUCAAGACAAAAGAUCUAACUGGAAGAAAGUCACCUGCUACUGAAAAAGUGUCCCAAAUUUUUGGAACGUCCAUUAUUGCGAAGAAAAGAUCCUCCUCUAGCAAAGGAAAAUCUGGUUUAGCUCAGGGAGUUGAUACCUUGAAAAAGGAACCAGAAACCUCACAUAUAGAUGUACCUUGUAUCCCCAAGCCAACUCUUACAUCCCUUGGUGGUGCAGAGGAAGCUGGUUCAUCGUGUGUGAAUGUUGAUGACGGAAAGAAACCUAAUGCAUCUCCAACAAGUUCAUCUGUGGAAAGGAAGUUAAUUCCUCCUGCUGACGAGGUUUUGCCUAAUUCUAAAAGCACAAAGUCGGAGCAAAAUGAUGAAGCACCUGAAGCAAAGCAUGAAUUGUCUUGUGAUAAUGAGUCUCCCAGAAACAAAAUUGUUCUUGCAAUUGAUGUAGCCACAAGGAAAGAUAGAAAAAGAAAGCAAAAAGUCAAUAAUGAAGCAAGUCAAAAGAAGCAUAAGAGAGAUAAGGGAAAGCAUACUGUUAGUACUUCCAAACAAAAGCAGUCCAAAGCAAAUAAUAUUGGUCCUGGAGCUGGUGAAACUCAUCAGAAACAGAAACCUGAUAAUCAUGGGGUUCUUGCAUCUCUGUCAAAGGAUUAUGGUGGAAGCAAGAAUUUUGAUACUCGUAAAAAAGAUGAGAAGAUUCCUGAGUAUGCAACACCCCAGUCAGGUGAGUCAGAUAAAGGGACUGUCGAUGCCUCGCUGAUACGUGAAGGCAGUGUUCCCACUGAACUUCAGCAGGUUGAUCGCGUUCUAGGCUGUCGGGUUCAAGGUGAUAAUGCUAGUGUUUUGCAUCACGCAUCUGCAGCACUUUCAGAUGACGUGCAUUCUGACGAUUUGGUAAUCACGGAAAAUCAAAACAGACUUUCAGAGGAGAAUUCUGUUUGUGAUAUUGAUUCAGAUAUAGCAGCUGCUGAAAAUCUUGCUGAGGGUUGUCCUAAUACUUUGAAAAGUUCUGAUAAAGAAGAAAGCACAAAGAAUGAUGUCAGAGUGGAUAAAAUAAAUGUAUAUAGAAGGUCUGUCACUAAAAAAUGCAAGGGAGGGAAUGCUGUGGACUUAGUGAGCAAAGGUACUAAGGAUUCAGAUUGUGCAAUCAUAAAUGGUAAGGAUCAAGAUGAAUCUGCUGUAACUGUAGAAGAUUCAGGAAAAAGAAAUGAAAAAAUAGUAGUAGAAGAGGUAGAUGCUAAUGUUUGUGUGAAAAGUCAUGGAAGCACUGAAGUUCCAAAAGUUUGUGGAACAUCUGCAACAACAAAAGAGAUGGAUGUAGACAUGAAAAUAAGUAGCAGUGCUGAAAAUGAAGUCCAAGAAACAGCUGUAAGUAAAUCUGCAUGUUCUAAUAGGGAGACAGUGUCAUAUGAGUUUUUUGUUAAAUGGGUGGGGAAGUCCCAUAUCCAUAAUAGCUGGAUUUCUGAAUCCCAAUUGAAAGUUCUGGCGAAGAGAAAACUGGAAAAUUACAAGGCAAAGUAUGGGACAGCUGUGAUAAAUAUCUGUGAGGAGCAGUGGAAGAAGCCUCAGCGAGUUAUUUCUCUCCGUGUUUCAAACAUGGGUAUGCGGGAAGCUUUUGUGAAGUGGACUGGUCUUCCAUAUGAUGAAUGCACUUGGGAAAGAUUAGAUGAACCUGUUGUUCAACAAUCUUCUCAUCUGAUUGACCUGUUUGAUCAGUUUGAACGCCAAACAUUGGAAAAAGAUGCUGCUAAGGAUGAAUCUAGGGGAAAGGGGGAUCGGCGGCAUGAUAUUGCUACUUUGGCUGAGCAACCUAAAGAGCUGAAGGGAGGUGCACUAUUUCCCCAUCAGCUUGAAGCACUUAAUUGGUUGCGUAGAUGCUGGCAUAAAUCCAAAAAUGUUAUACUUGCUGAUGAGAUGGGGCUUGGAAAAACUGUGUCUGCUGUUGCCUUUAUUUUGUCACUUUAUUUUGAGUUUAAAGCUACUCUACCUUGUUUGGUGCUGGUACCACUUUCUACUAUGCCUAACUGGCUUGCUGAGUUUUCAUUAUGGGCUCCUGAUUUAAAUGUUGUGGAGUAUCAUGGUGGAGCCAAAGCAAGAGCCACCAUUCGCCAGUAUGAAUGGCAUGCUAGUGACCCAAAUGAAUUGAAUAAGAGAACAGCUUCUUACAAAUAUAAUGUUCUUUUAACUACUUAUGAAAUGAUUCUUGCGGAUUCCUCUUAUUUGCGUGGUGUUCCUUGGGAAGUUCUUGUGGUUGAUGAGGGUCAUCGUUUGAAAAAUUCAGGAAGUAAGCUGUUUAGCUUGCUCAACACAUUCUCUUUCCAACAUCGUGUUCUGUUGACUGGAACCCCACUCCAGAAUAACAUUGGUGAGAUGUAUAACUUGCUUAAUUUCUUGCAGCCAUCUUCCUUCCCUUCUUUAUCUUCAUUUGAGGAGAAGUUUAAUGAUCUUACAACUGCGGAAAAGGUGGAGGAACUGAAGAAACUUGUUGCUCCUCAUAUGCUUCGAAGGCUUAAAAGGGAUGCUAUGCAGAAUAUUCCCCCCAAAACUGAACGAAUGGUGCCUGUUGAGUUGUCAUCCAUUCAAGCUGAAUACUACCGUGCAAUGCUAACUAAGAACUACCAGAUAUUACGAAAUAUUGGGAAAGGUGUUGCACAGCAGUCAAUGUUAAACAUUGUGAUGCAACUGAGAAAGGUUUGUAAUCAUCCAUAUCUCAUACCAGGUACUGAGCCUGAGUCUGGAUCAGUGGAGUUUCUUCAUGAAAUGCGUAUAAAAGCUUCAGCCAAGUUGACUCUGUUGCAUUCCAUGCUUAAAGUCUUAUAUAGAGAAGGGCAUAGAGUUCUAAUUUUUUCACAAAUGACGAAGCUUCUUGAUAUCCUUGAGGAUUAUUUGACUAUAGAAUUUGGCCCUAAAACAUAUGAGAGAGUUGAUGGCUCUGUUUCAGUUGCUGAUCGUCAAACGUCGAUAGCAAGGUUCAACCAAGACAAAAGUCGAUUUGUCUUCUUGUUAUCAACACGUUCUUGUGGCCUUGGUAUCAAUUUAGCAACAGCUGACACUGUUAUAAUUUAUGAUUCUGAUUUCAAUCCACAUGCUGACAUCCAAGCUAUGAAUCGGGCACAUCGAAUUGGACAAUCAAACAGACUUUUAGUGUACAGGCUUGUAGUUCGUGCUAGUGUAGAAGAGCGCAUCUUGCAGCUUGCUAAAAAGAAACUAAUGCUUGAUCAGCUGUUUGUCAACAAGUCUGGAUCUCAAAAAGAAGUGGAAGACAUUCUGCGAUGGGGAACAGAAGAACUCUUUAUCGAUUCUUCUAGUGGGAAAGGUUCAGGUGAAGGUAAUAGCAAUAAAGAAGAUGCAUUAAUGGAUAUAGAACAUAAGCACUGGAAGAGGGGUGGUGGUCUGGGAGAUGUGUACCAGGACAAAUGUACACAUGGCAGCAACAAGAUUGUGUUGGAUGAAAAUGCAAUUUUAAAAUUACUUGAUCGUUCAAACCUUCAGUCUGGAUCAGCUGAUGUUGUUGAGGGGGAUUUGGAGAAUGAUAUGCUUGGCUCAGUAAAGUCGGUGGAAUGGAAUGAUGAAACAACAGAGGAACCAGGGGGAGGUGAAUCACCUCCAGCUGUUGCUGAUGAUAUUUCGGUGCAGAAUUCUGAGAAGAAAGAAGAUAAUGUGUUAAAUGGUACUGAAGAAAAUGAAUGGGACAGACUUUUGCGUGUGAGGUGGGAGAAACAUCAAAGUGAGGAGGAAGCAGCCCUUGGUAGAGGGAAGCGACAAAGGAAAGCCGUCUCUUAUAGAGAAGCAUAUGCUCCACAUCCCAAUGAAACAAUAAGUGAGAAUGGUGGUGAAGAAGAAAAAGAACCAGAACCAGAGCCAGAGCGGGAAUAUACACCAGCGGGACGAGCUCUUAAAACUAAGUAUACUAAACUCCGUGCUCGACAAAAAGAACGGCUUGCUAGGCGGAGUGCAAUUGAAGAGUUUCAUACAACUGAGGGAUUUCCUGGACCUGACUCAGUAGCUCAGUGUCCUUCCAUGAAUGAAAGAGAUGCGGAUGAGGUCAAUCAAUCAGUUCGACAGCCAGAUAAAGAAAAGUGUUUGGUAAUUGACUUGGAGGACGACAAACUUGCUCAAUCUUCAGAUGAACCAAAGAGCAAGGCUGAUUUGAUUUUAAGGCUUGGGAGGCUGUCAAAACAUAAAAUAAAUGGUCAGUUGGAUCUUUCUCUUAAUCCUUUUUAUCAGUCUUCUCCUGAAAUAAUUCUUCCAAGUAACAAUCAUCAUGGCACAAGCUAUACCAACUUGCUACCUACCAACAACUUGUUGCCAGUUCUUGGGCUUUGUGCUCCCAAUGCUAGUCUGUUAGAGUUGCGUCAUAGAAACUUCUCAAAAUCAAAUAGCAGGCUAAGUGGGCCAGGAACUGGACCAGAGCUUCCAUUAAGUUUAACUCCGACUACUGGACCUUCAACCGAUAAAGAAGCAAAAGGUCAGGAGACUACCCUGGACAAAUUUAAAUUCCAAGAUGCAUCACCAGAAGUUUUACGUCUUAAAAAUGGAAACCAAGAUGGUUGGCUUCCAUUUAGCUCGUAUCCUCCUGCUGUUUCACUAGGAAAAGUUUUUGAUCGAUUAGAAAGUUCUGGUUCCAGUUUUUCUGAUUUUCAGGAAAAGAUGUCACUGCCUAAUUUACCUUUCGAUGAGAAAUUGCCGCCCCGGUUCCCCCUUCCUACCAAAACCAUGACCAGAUCACAUCAUGACCUUUUGCCUAGCUUAUCCUUAGGGAGUAGGCUUGAUGCAGUAAAUGAGUCUGUGCAAGACCUUCCAACAAUGCCAUUGCUGCCCAAUUUGAAAUUCCCUCCACAAGAUGUACCUAGGUAUAAUCAACAAGAGAGGGACAUGCCUCCAAUAUUGGGUUUGGGUCAGUUGCCAUCCAUUUCUUUUCCUGAAAACCAUAGGAGAGUGCUUGAAAGUAUUCUUAUGAGAACUGGAUCUGGAUCUGGGAACUUUUAUAAAAACAAAUCAAAGGUAGAGGGCUGGUCAGAGGAUGAACUUGAUUUUCUCUGGAUUGGUGUUCGUAGACAUGGGCGAGGUAGCUGGGAUGCCAUGCUUAGAGACCCCAGGCUAAACUUUUCGAAGUAUAAAACUUCAGAAGAUUUGGCAACUAGGUGGGAGGAGGAACAACUCAAAAUUUUGGAUGGGCCAGCUUUUCCUGUUCCAAAAUUCACCCAGUCAACAAAAACUACCAAAUCUUCUUCCUUGUUUCCAAGCAUUUCUGAUGGAAUGAUGAUGCGGGCAUUGCAGGGUAGUAGAUUUGUUGCCUCGUCAAAAUUUCAAACUCACCUGACUGACAUGAAAUUGGGUUUUGGUGAUCUAGCUUCCAGCCUGCCUCACUUUGAGCCAUCAGAGCAACUUGGUUUGCAAAAUGAUCAUUUUCCUCCUAUUCCAACGUGGAAUCCUGACAAAUUUGGUGCAAACUAUUCUGGAGAUUCAAUUGCUGGACCCUCUGAUAGGCCAGGCCCAUCUUCGAAUGUACCUAGUGAGAAACCUUUUCUUCUCAACUCUUUCAGAGCCAGCAACUUGGGUUCAAAUCUGAAUUGCCCCAGUAGCUUUAAUUUACAUAGAAAGGAGGAUGAUUAUGGUUCAAAGAAGUAUGGGAAGUUGCCUGGUCCUCUCGAUAGAUCAAUACAUAUUUCAUGUAAUUGCCUCAAUAAUGGGGGAAGUGCUGAAUCUGCCAGCUCCAGAUUUCUCUCUGAGCCAAAUAGAGAGCUGAAUCUUUCCCAUUCGAAGGGAAAAGUAGUUGGAAAUAGUUCUUCCAAGAACAAGUUGCCUCACUGGCUUCAGGAAGCUGUCAGUGCUCCUGCUAAACUACCAGAUCCUGAUCUACCGCCCACUGUGUCAGCAAUAGCUCAUUCAGUUCGUGUACUAUAUGGAGAAGAUAAACCAACCAUUCCCCCAUUUGUGGUACCAGGGCCCCCUCCUUCCCAACCGAAGGAUCCAAGACGUGUUCUAAAGAAGAAAAAGAAACUGAAGUCGCAUACGUUCAGGCAGGUGCAACCGGAUGCAGCUGGAAGUAGUAGUCUCCCGUCAACGUGCUCAAUUCCAUUGACCCCAACAUUUCAAUUGCUUCCACAAUCUGCAACUGGAACUGCGGGGCUUCCUUGGAUUGAAUCUGAUGUCACCGUGCCUCCCCUUAACUUAAGUAUGAUGAAUCCCUCAUCUUCAUCAGCAUAUCGAAUUCCACCAAAGAAAUCAAGCAUGGGAUUAUCCCCCUCCCCUGAAGUGCUUCAACUGGUAGCAUCGUGUGUUGCCCCAGGCCCACACUUGCCAUCAACUUCUGCCGUGACGAAUUCUAGCUUACUUGAUGACAAGCUUCCAUUGGCAAAACCUUUUAAUGAAGUUGGAUGUCCAGAUUCGCAAGGUGUAUUUGGCAUAGGGAAUGCUGAACAAAGCCCUCCCAUUGAUGUACAGGAUCAGCCUCCAGAGAUAGAAGAUGAGCCCGAGAGUGGGGAUUCUAGCAAGACUCGGUCUGAUCCUUCUGGGGGUGAACGGCCUAAUGUAGAUGAAAUAUCAUCAGAAGGCACUGUGUCAGAUCAUCCUUUGAGUGACCAUGAACCAUAACUGUUAUGCAGGAGUAAAAGUGAAAAAUAGUUAUUCUUUGAUGUACUAGAAUUUUUGUAGGCAUGAUGCAGUGAUUGAUUAUCUAGCGUUUAUAGGAUCAUUUAGGACAUCUCUAGUGUAAAGUUUCUGUAAGAGGAAAUGAAAUAUAUAGUGUUGCCUGCUUGCAGUGGCUUCUUUUGUGUCUUGCCUCCAGUUUGAGAGCUUCCUAUUAUUUGCCACUGCAAAAAAUGAAAAUUUCAAUCUGCACAAUGAGCUUCAUUCUGCAGAUCUAACUAGGUCAUAGAAAUUUGGAGGAAAGUUUCUUUCAUGUUGCAGUAAGCUUCUGCCACGUAUAUUGUCUUCGAACUAUAUAAGCUGUGAAAUUUUUUGUUUCAUAGUCGAAAAAUUUGUCCUCCUCAAUGUGAAGUGACUUUGAAAUCAGGUAGACUGUAAAGCAUGGAAAAAUAAUGUGAUGGAAUCGAUAAUUCGUGGAUUACAUUUAUUAUGUUCGAAUUCUUUGUCUAUUGUUUAAUAUUUUAGUAACUACAGAAUAAUUGCUGACCAACAAUCUGAUUACUUUUUAACGAACAUUAAAAAUGGGAUACAGGUCAACAUUUUGACUAUGUACGGCAUGCGGAGUCAUAGUCCACAACCAAUAACAAAU